AUGAUAUAUGCCAAAUUACAGAUCUCAUCGCCUGCUGGCGAGGAGAAUACUCCCAGCGAUCGACGCCGAGUUAGUGGGCGAUUGAGUGUCUUUGACGAUUCUGUGCGACAACUUGCUUUUGAUACUGUGCAGCUAUGCUUUCGAGGCGUUAUAGCAUCAUGCAUAGGACGACAAACUAGCCUGGAGGAUAUUAUUACUCUAACGGAUAUCAAAUCAGCAGGAGAUUUCCGGUCGCAUACCGUCUCAAACCCGAAGCACUCUACCCAAGCACACUACGUGGACUUUUUCUUCAAGCUUCCGACCCACGCAUCUGCAAGUGCAGGUCUCAGCAAAACUCUCCCCCUUACCACGUCUAUCGAAGGAUCUACAAGCGUAACUCAGUCGACAGCGAUGAAUGACCGGCAUAUCGUUCAGGGUGAAUGUGAGGUCUCGUACUGGAUCGAGGCACAAUUUCGCUGUCGUGGCCAACAAGUCGGGUCCCUCCACCAACCUGUACGAAUAUCAGGACUAUAUCCAGACCUACAUAUUUCGUUAUGGAACGGCCAGCCACUCACCAUCGGCGCCACUCCUGAUCUACUAGCCCGUUGGAAGAUGCAAAAGAGCCCCAAACUGUCGGUUUCCAUUUACGAGCCCGAAAUCACCAUUAUCCAAGACCUGAAAACCGGAAAACGACAGAUCAGCAUCCCUAUCGCGGUGGCGAUGGAAAUCCACACUCCUCCAGGCGGAACCACAUCCAUUGACGGUCGCCAAUCACUCAAAUGCUCUGUCGACACAAAAUGGCAGGUGAGUGACCGCUUUUCCAUCAUCCCGGUGAGAGCGAAAAGCCGGAUACCCCUACGCGGCGAGGUUAUCAACAGGACGUCAACCACGUCAACUCAAAAGUCCAAUAUCCUCUUCCGCCCACUGCCAGUGUACGAAAAAACCGACACGAGCAAAAGCAAAUCCAAUCAAACAUCGUACGUCGCGGCUUCCGCACUCGAACUCUCCGUACCUGAUGCAAUCUCGCAACCAUCUCUAUGCUGGAACUAUUUCGCUCGGUCAUACACGCUCGACCUGUCAUUAACCUUUCAUGGCUUUCAGGGCGCGCCGAAGUACAAGGUGACCAGAAACAUCCCGAUCACAGUGACAACGCAGUAUGAGAACGUGGAGACGCAG